AUGAUUUCCUUGCAGUUCAAGUAUUCCGCGUUCUACGCUCUCAUUUUUGCCGUUUUCACGGCCUCCGUAUUUGCAACUCCUGCUUCCCCUGCUCCUCAGAAGAAUGGUUAUGUGUCGUUUGAUGGAUUCACUAAGGUCACCAACAAGGACUCUCUCGCCUGGUAUAGAAGGCCUUCCCUGGGUAUCGCCAAGGCCGUCGUUGAAAAUCAACCCGGCUACGAGUGCUUCCAUGGGGCCAACUAUCCAGGCGUCAAUGACUGGGAGUCCUUCGGAACGCUCUGGAACAUCAACUUACCCGCUCUCCGCCUUCACAACUCCCCCGCCGACAACCAAAUCCUGCGCAGUAAAAUUCUCAGUAUCGCCACUGAGACGAAGACGGAUGCGCGAAUCAUCCUUGCUAUUAUCAUGCAAGAGUCUAGCGGCCAGCUCGACGUUCACUGCACGGGCGAGAACAAGCACAACUGCGGCAUCAUGCAAGCGGCGCCGGGAUCCGUCUCCUUCGACCCGGAUAAGCCGGCGAAGAGCAUAGACACGAUGCUUCGGAACGGCGUGUUGGGCACGCCCGGGUCGUGGCCAAACGGCGGGCCCGGCUACGCGUGGUUCCUCAACGGGGCCAACGGCGAGGCUUGGGCCAACAUGGGCGGCGGCGGGUACCCGUUCCGCGCGAUGCGCGCGUAUAAUACCGGCAAGGUGCCCAACCAGAAAAACUACGAUGCGACUAAUGGUUCUGGGACGGUGAGCUAUGUGAACGAUGUUGCAAAUAGACUGCGUGGAUGGAAUGGAAACGGGAGAGGGUGCGGUUACUGA